UACUGUCGGGUGUGACAUCUUGGCUCCGCGGUGGCUGUGUUGCGCUGUUAGCUUAGCGGACGGCUAACAAAACACCGAGCGAGACGUCCCGGCUGCGCGUUGAGUUCUCGCGAGAUCGGGAACGUCAGCAUGGCGGUGCUCCUUGAAACGACGUUGGGCGAUAUUGUAAUUGAUUUAUUCACAGAAGAAAGGCCUAAAACUUGCCUGAACUUUCUGAAAUUAUGCAAAAUAAAAUACUACAACUACUGCCUGGUCCACAAUGUACAGAGAGAUUUCAUUAUGCAGACUGGAGAUCCAUCUGGGACGGGUCGUGGUGGAGACUCCAUCUUCAGCAAACUGUAUGGCGAUCAGGCCCGAUUUUUUGAUGCAGAGAAGGUGCCACGCAUCAAACACAAAAAGAAGGGGAUGGUGUCCAUGGUGAACAAUGGAAGCGACCAGUUUGGUUCUCAGUUCCUUAUCACCAUGGCCGAGAACCUGGACUACUUAGAUGGGGUCCAUACUGUGUUCGGGGAAGUCACAGAGGGCAUGGAUGUCUUGGCCAAGAUCAAUGAGACUUUUGUUGAUAAGGAUUUUGUCCCAUUUCAAGAUAUCAGGAUAAACCACACGGUGAUCCUGGACGACCCGUUCGAUGACCCUCCUAACCUGCCGGUGCCUGAUCGUUCCCCUGAGCCCACCAAAGAACAGUUAGAUAGUGGCCGAAUCGGAGCCGAUGAAGUCAUAGACGAUACAGAGGGUAAAGGGGCUGAGGAGCUGGAGGAGAUGCUGAAGGAGAAGGAGGCCAAGACUCAGGCCAUUCUGCUGGAGAUGGUUGGUGACCUCCCUGAUGCAGACGUGAAGCCUCCAGAGAAUGUGUUGUUUGUCUGUAAACUGAAUCCAGUCACCGCAGAUGAGGAUCUGGAAAUCAUCUUUUCACGCUUUGGGCCCAUAAAAUGCUGUGAGAUCAUCAGAGACUGGAAAACUGGAGAGUCCCUCUGUUAUGCCUUUAUUGAGUUUGAAAAGGAGGAAGACUGUGAAAAAGCCUACUUCAAAAUGGACAAUGUGCUCAUAGAUGAUCGGCGUAUUCACGUAGACUUCAGCCAGUCGGUCGCAAAGAUCAAAUGGAAAGGAAAAGGUGGGAAGUACAGUAAGGAUGACUUCAAAGCUUACGAAAAGGAACAGGAAAACCGAUCCAAGUUGGCACUCAAGGACAAAGUGAAGCCUAAACAAGACUCCAAGUAUGACUUGCUGCUAGAUGAGGAAGAGGAGGCGAUGAGCCAUCGCCACUCCGAGAAGAAACACAAAGAAAAGAGACACCAUCAUCAUUCAGACGAUGAGAGCAGUAGGAAGUCAAAAAAAUCCAAGGGCAGCGAGGAGAGCCGGCGGGAGAAGAAGUCGGGUCACCAGCGCUCUCGGUCUCGAUCCCAUUCCAGAGACAGGGAGCACAAACACAGCCGGUCCCGGGACAAACACUGGAAGGAGGGACGCGACAAAGGCCACAGCCGCAAGGACAGGAGCCGCAGCCGCUCUCCCAGGAAGUCCAAGGACAAAGAGAGGAGUCGACACCGAUGAGUGUGUGCGUCUCCUGCCUCGCUGUCACAGCCUCUCUAAGAGAGAGGAGGCAACAGAAACGCCACAACAGAAGUUUUCCUAGGAACUCUGAACUCCUAAACUGUAUUCAACAUCACCUCUCAUCCACCAUGAAGAGGAUGCUUUGACUCUUUGAAUUUUUGUCUGUUGUGUUUUUUAAAUAAUGGCUUAUUACCUUACUACCAAUAAUAAUAAACUAAUGCACAGUUCUAUCAAUAAAGGCAGUUGCAGUAAUUAUCUUACGAUAGUAACAAAAAAAAAAUAUUCGGUAAUAUUGUUUAUUUCUUAUGAACUCAAACAAGUACCUUGUUAGCUGCUUGCUACUGGUAUUCCCCCCACCCCACCCCCACCCUAUUGUAUGACAAGUGUCUUUAUCAUGAAUUUACUCUUGUCUUUUGAAUUCCAUACACUCAGGCAAAGCCCCCUGGGUUUAUAUGAAUUUCAUUUGCCUUCCUCUGCGUCCCCCUUCACACUUUGAGCCCCUUGUUUAGCAGCAAAGGGCAAAUGGAAAUGUUCCAUGCUUGCUAAUGUUUGACCUUUGCCUGAGUCUU